CCCUCCAAAACCGGAUAUAUAACAAUAAAACAAAAUAAAAAACGAAACAAACAAACCCUAAUAUUCACACACACCACUACCCCCUUUCUUACUCUCCACCCACCGCCGCCACUUGAACCGUUUCAUCUUCCUCAACCCUUUUUUUACUUUCUCACUCACAACCCAUAGAUCUCUCAUUCUUUCAUUCUUCUCUUCUUCUUCAUACCAUGGUUAUGAACGAAAGACCCACUAAGCGAGUCAAAAGAAGAGUAACAGCUGAUCUUUACGAUUUUCUCUCAUUCCCAACCGCCGGAGAUGAUUCUGCUGCCGCCGUGCCGUUCAGGAUCGGUGUUUACCGGUUUCUGUCUGAUCAUGCAAGGUCUGCUUUUCCUCCUGAGCUUUUUCCGUCGCUGAUGACGUGGCAGAUCUUGUUUCGUGUUGGAGAGGUUGGUGAUGGAGGUGAUGUUUCGUCUGGUUUGGUUACUCUUGACAUUGUUGAAGAGGAUGUUACCAGGUCGAGGACGAUUUAUUGUGAUCAAUGUCGUGUUGUUGGAUGGAGUGCUCAUCCUGUAUGUCGAAAGCGAUAUCAUUUCAUAAUAAGGUCUGCAACUGAUGCCAAUGAAGCACAUCAAAGACCUUGCACUAAAUGUGGAACUCUUCUCCAAUUAUCUGAAGCAAGGUGUAACUCAUGUAAUUUUGACAUUUCUGCUGAUGAUCUUGAGGAAUGGUUGUAUCAUCAACUUGAAGAAAACAACACCCAUCUUCUGCAUGGUGUUGUACAUGCUAAUGGUUAUGGUCACUUGCUUACUCUUAAUGGAAGAGAAGGUGGCUCGUCGCUUCUCUCUGGAUCUGAUAUUAUGGGUUUCUGGGAUAGGCUUUGUGCUGCUAUGUCUGUUAGGAAGGUUACUGUGAUGGAUUUGUCCAAGAAAUUUGGACUGGAUUAUCGUUUGCUUCAUGCAAUUGCCAGAGGGCAUUCAUGGUAUGGUAAUUGGGGUUAUGAAUUUGGGACUGGCUGCUAUGCUCUUACCGAAGAUGCAUACAAGAUGGCGGUAGAUAACUUGUCCAACAUGCCCUUGUCCUCAUUAUCAUUCCAGGAUCGAGGACCUCAUAACCCCGUACAGUCUGUUAUUUCUCUUUACCAGUCUUUGGCUGAAACUGAACUUCGCACAAUGAAAGAUCUCUUCUCCUUUUUAUUGGAAUUGGUUCAAAAUUUUCGUAAGCCCAGGAGCGCAGAGACUGCUAAUCUGCAUGAACAGACCACUCCUUGUAAUUUAUUAUGUUCAUGGACGAGAAACGACGUCGAAGAUGUGCAGCAGGCUUUGAUCAAGGUAUUGCUUGCAUCAAGUGCCUGUAAUGAGGCCAAAUGGGUGACAAGGCAAACUCUUAAAGGGGCAGUGGGUAGGCGUAUUGGAUCCCCAGAGCUUCUUGACUUCGGUCUUAAGCACUUGCAAGGGAAAUCAGUUGCAAAAGGAAUGGUAGUUUGUUCUCGAUGCAAUCCCACAUCUAGUGCUAUUGAAUUCAGAUUGGGACAUUGGCCUAAUGGAUUUAGCUCCAUUGCUAGCUAUCCUACCAAAGAGCAAGUGAUUUCUGAUUUAACAUUCUUAUUUAAUUCAAUUGUUCACCCUGAAAAAAUGAUCAAAUAUAGACCAAAGAUUAAUAGGAAAACAGUGGCUGAUUCAGCCAGAAAGCUUCUUGACUGUAAGCAAUUUAUGAAGGAUUACAAAAUUGAGCAAAUGACCACAGUGCUGCCUUCAGCUCUUAAGAUCUGGUGUCAUGUGAAACUCUCUGACCAUCCUAAAGAAGACCACCCAACACCACCGCCAGAGUUAAUUGUGCUGCCUUUGAAUGCUACUAAUGCUGACCUUUUGAAUGAAGUCACUAGUGUUUUUCAAGAGGUAUAUGGAAUGUACAAGAAGUUUGUUGCUGUGAAACUUCUAGGAUAUGGUUUAACCAGAGAACGUGAGUAUACCCUAAAAUUCCUUCUGGGAUCAACUUAUGGAUCAGUUGAAGUUCAAGGAGAAUGCCCUGCUAAAAAUGGCUUAGCCCGAUUCCGAAUGGAACGAGGAACAGAAGAAUGGAAAGUUGACUGCAUUUGUGGUACUAAGGAUGAUGACGGAGAAAGGAUGUUAGCAUGUGAUACCUGUGGUGUCUGGCUGCAUACCAGAUGUGCUGGAAUUGACAGUGCUGAUGGGAUGCCUUCCAAGUUUAUAUGUAAGAGAUGUGUUAACUCAAUCCGUGUGGGAGAUAACCAGGCUUGUAAAUUAAACACAUAUUGCAGAGAUGAAGCGGUGGCAACAUAUUCUGCACCUGUUAAUUGUAAUAUAAAAAAUGUGAAUUUUGGUGUACGUUGAUUGUAUAUAAUUUACAUGUAAAUUUUUCAGAUGCUAGGGUUUUAUGUUAUGCUGGAUUUACCCAGAGAUUCUGUUCCAGAAAAUGAUUCGCAAAAGUUGGUAACCUGUUUUUGAGA